AUGACGCGCCGCCGGUACAACAUCGCCAUGGUCAGCGACUUCUUCUUCCCGCAGCCCGGAGGCAUCGAAUCGCACAUCUACCAGCUCUCCAGCAAGCUGAUUGACCGGGGACACAAAGUCAUCAUCAUCACGCAUUCGCACCACGACCGCAAGGGCGUCCGCCAUCUCACCAACGGGCUCAAGGUCUACCACGUGCCCUUCUUCGUCAUCUACCGCCAAGCCACCUUCCCCACCGUCUUCUCCUUCUUCCCCAUCCUCAGAUACAUCUUCAUUCGGGAGCGGAUAGAAAUCGUCCACGGCCACGGGAGCCUGAGCUGCCUGUGCCACGAGGGCAUUCUCCACGCGAGAACCAUGGGGCUGCGGACCGUCUUUACCGAUCAUUCGCUCUUUGGGUUCGCUGACGCCGCGAGCAUCCUGACCAACAAGCUGCUCAAGUUUAUCCUCAGCGACGUAGAUCACAGCAUCUGCGUGAGCCACACAUGCAAGGAAAACACAGUGCUCCGCGCCUCGCUCGAUCCGCUCAUGGUCUCGGUCAUCCCCAACGCGGUUGUGGCGGAGAAUUUCCGUCCGCGCGACUAUCCCUCCUCGCCAGACGCCGGGUUUGCGCCGGCUCCGUCCCCUCAGCGCCUCGGCCCCAACGACAUGAUCACCAUUGUCGUCAUCUCUCGCCUAUUCUAUAACAAGGGCACGGAUCUGCUCACCGCCGCCAUCCCCCGCAUCCUGGAGAACCACCCAAACACGCGAUUCAUCAUUGCCGGCUCCGGCCCCAAAGCCAUCGACCUGGAGCAAAUGAUUGAGCAAAACGUCCUCCAAGACCGGGUCGAGAUGCUCGGCCCCGUUCGGCACGAGGACGUGCGCGACGUCAUGAUCCGGGGCCACAUCUACCUCCAUCCCUCGCUCACAGAAGCCUUUGGCACCGUCAUUGUCGAGGCGGCCAGCUGCGGACUGUACGUCGUCUGCACCCAGGUCGGCGGCAUCCCCGAAGUCCUCCCCUCCCACAUGACGACGUUUGCCAAGCCCGAGGAAGACGACCUGGUGCUCGUCACGAGCAAGGCCAUCGAAGCCGUCCGCGCGGGCAAGGUCCGCACCGAAAAGUUCCACGAGCAGGUCAAGAAGAUGUACUCGUGGUCCAACGUCGCCAUGCGCACGGAGCGCGUCUACGACGGCAUCGCCGGCACCAUCAGCGAGGAGGAGUUUUACGGCUUCGACAUGGGCGGCUACAACGGCAGCAGGACGCGCAACUUUGCCCUGAUUGACCGCCUCAAGCGCUACUACGGCUGCGGCAUAUGGGCCGGGAAACUCUUCUGCCUGUGCGUCGUCAUAGACUACCUCUUCUUCCUGCUCCUCGAGUGGUGGUACCCGCGGGAGAACAUUGACACUUGUCCGGACUGGCCGCGCAAAGUUCUGCAAGAGACUGGAAAGAAGGAAGGGGCGGAGUAA